GGCAGCGGCGGCGGCGGCGGAGAAGGCGGCGGCAGCAGCAGCGUGGCUCUGUGUCUGGUCCCUGCGCUCCGCGCCUUCUGCAGCUGCCACUGCAGCCAAGGCGGGGGCUUCUUCUCUGGGACCGAGCUGGCCAUUCCAGCCCUGAGCCUGGGGAAAGGAAACAGGGCGCUUGGAGACAAGAUCAAGAAAGAACGGAGACAAUCUCCCUGGGGCCACUAGCUCUGGCCAGCUUGCUUGCUUGCCGGCAGUUGUUCCCUGAGUCUAGCUGGAGCACUCCCUCUCCAGCGCUAGGGAGCAGUUGGGGUGGCGUGGGCUCUUGUCCUGUUUUGGCUGGUGGGAACCGUGUGUCCAACAGAGGAAGCCUGGUGGGCCUGGCCCCUCUCAGCCCAGCGCCGAUGAGUGCCAGGGCGCCGAAAGAGCUGAGGCUGGCACUGCCGCCUUGUCUCCUGAACCGGACCUUUGCUUCCCACAACGCCAGUGGAGGCAGCAACGCAGGUGUCCGCAGCUCAGGCGCAGGUGGUGGCACCUGCAUCACGCAGGUGGGACAGCAGCUCUUCCAGUCUUUCUCAUCCACGCUGGUGCUGAUUGUCCUGGUCACUCUCAUCUUCUGCCUCAUCGUGCUGUCCCUCUCCACCUUUCACAUCCACAAGCGGAGGAUGAAGAAGCGCAAGAUGCAGAGAGCUCAGGAGGAAUACGAGAGAGAUCAUUGCAGCAGCAGCCACGGUGGUGGUGGGCUGCCCCGCGCAGGUGUUCAACCUCCGAUCCACGGAAAAGAAACCCGGCUGGAGAGGCAGUCCCAGGACUCCGCCUUCAGCACCCCUUCCAAUGCCACCUCUUCCUCCUCUUCAUCUCCUGGUCUCCUGUGCCAGGGUCCUUGUGCGCCUCCUCUUCCACCGCCAGCCCCCAGUCCACACGGAGCACAGGCAGCUUCCUCCUGCUUGGACACACCUGGCGAGGGCCUUUUGCAAACGGUGGUACUGUCCUGAUUGUGUAGCCCCUGUCCUAACCCCUUCCUCGUUUCCAGCAUCUUUACCAUCCUCGCUUUUGUUCCUCUUUUCUUCCUUUUCCGUUCUCCUCUGGCCCCUCUUUUCUCUGCCCUCUUUCCUUACCUGCCCGCCCUUUUACUGUUUCUCCUCCGCCGAGGCACUGUGCGGUAUUUGUAAAUAUUGGGCGAGGAAAGUCUCAGAGGAAGAAAUAACGCUGAUAAUACUUUAUUGAUAUUUAUAGUAAUUAUUAUACUAUUAAUAACACAGUCCAAGCGCAUGACAAAUCACAUAAUUCUCAUUGUCAAUGAAGGCUGCACCUUCCCUCUCCACCCCGUCCCCCCCCCCCUCAGUAAGGAGGAGAGACUCCACAAGCUACCAAAUAUAUAAAAGACAUUGACACCGAAGCAAAGGGAAGGGAGGGGGCCGGUCAUGUUGUAUAUAGCUGUCAAGCGAAGGUUUAGUCGCCUUUCUGCCCCUCCCCCAUGCGCUUUCACUUUUCCUUUAGCUUUUCUCCCCUCCCCUUUCCUCACCUUCAGCUGGGCUCAGGCAAUAGUAUAUUAUAAAGGAAACAUCUACAUUAAGCACCAGAGACCACAAAGAAUGUCCUAGAAAAAAGUGUUUAGGACAGGUAACCCCUCUCUAGUCAGUCAUCUCCCUUUUUUGUUUCCCCCUUGCAGAAUUUGAGUUCACUUAGAAAUAUCUCUCGCUGGCCGAGCACAAAGAACAAAAACCAUACAAUCUGCUUUUGCUCCCUGUCAGGCUCCACUUUCACACUUGAUUGGUGGCGGGUUUUUUGUUU